AUGGUUUCUCGUCGACAGAUUCAACUUUACAACUUGAAAUAUCGCCAAAAACUUCAACAUCGACGAGCAAUAUCAAAAUCGUUUGACCUUCACUUUAAAGCCAAACAAAACGCAAGACAAAGAAAGUGUCGGCAACGGAAAAAAGAAGCUCAGAAGAAUGUAGCAAUAGUUCCUAUAUCUUCAUCAACCAAAAUUGAUUCUCGAAAGGUCGAAGGAGCUAAACGUCGUCGAGCCAAUGCCAGAAAAUCGAAAAAUGAAGCUGAAAAAUUGCUGAAACAAGUUCAACAAUUACAGAAAGAGAAUCGAGCGAUAAAAAGAUUACUAUCUCAACAACGUUCAGCUGAAGUGAACGAUGUUAAUACAACAACAGCUACGUCACCAACACAUUUAUUCAUUAAUAAUAUUAGUCCAUCAUCUAAGAAACGUGCAACUAAACGAUUACUUUCGGAAAAGGAAAAUCUACCUCGUGGUUCUGUUUCAAAAUUAAGAAAACUAGGUGUAAAUUUAUCCAAUAACUAUGAUCCACCAUCUAGUACACCAUCAAUACUCCAAAAAGAGAUAGAAGACUUUUUAUGUCAAGAUGAUAUUAGUAAGCAAGCACCUGAUAAGAAAAAACAAUUACAUGGAAAACAGAUUAGAUAUCUAUUACACCAUUUAUCAACUGUUCAUCAACGAUUUGUAACCGAAACUGGUAACAGUUGUCAUUAUUCUACAUUCACACGAUAUGUUCCAGAUUUUGUGAUAAAGCCAAACGCUAAUGACUGGGGUACCUGCUUAUGUGUCACCUGUCUUAAUCCUCAAAUGAAAUUUGAAAAAUUACAAAAUUUGAAAUCUCGAUAUUCAAUUAUAAAAUCAGUACUUAUCGAUGGUUUAACAGAUAUAACAGAGCUGGUAACAGAUGAAAUUAAAACAAAAGAUUUCAAAAGUAAUUUAGCAAUACUCAAAGAUGAACAAUUCACUAUAACAUAUAGUGAAUGGAUAAAGAAGAAAAACGACGAAUCUAAUAUUUUAGUCUCAACAAAAACAACGAUCACUUCGUUUAUUGCUGAUUUUGUAAACAAAUUUACUAAUGAAAUCGAGAAUUUAACACAUCAUAUUGAUCGAAUGCGUCAACAAUUUCGAGCAGCAAAGAAUGCGAGACAAAUGGCGAUGGAAGAAGACGAUGUUGCUACUAUUCAUUUGGACUGGUCAGAGAAUUUCAAGUUGAAACAAGCACGUCAAGAUAAAGGUGCCAAAUUCAAGCGACAUGGUGCGCUCACAAUGCCUCUAUUUCGUCGUAACAAAAUUAUUUCGCAUAUUAACGUAAUUAUUGACGGUACUGACAAACUAUUAGAUAGAUGGCGUGCUAGACCAUCUGGACAGAUACAUACGGAUAUUAUCGAGCAGUGUCAAAAUCUUCUACUUGAAGUCUUUGGACUGAUUGCUUUUGAUUACGAUUUGGAGACACUUGAUAAUAAUAAUUCAGGAAAUAAGAAUGAACUAACUAAAGCUCUAAGAGAUAUCAUGAGUAUAUUUAGAAUGGUUUUAUAUGCACCUAGAAUCAUUCCAAUUAUCUAUUUGAAAUUGAGCUCUCGACAUCAACGAGCACAGGUAACCGUUGAACGAUAUCUUAAUAAAAUGGUCGAACAAGAAAUGGCUGAAAGUCCAGAUUCAAUAGCACAACGAAAGAAAACAUCAUUGAUCGCAUCACUAGUCAGCGCAUUACAAACAGAUGAGAAAGCUGAAGCAAAAAAAAAGGAAGAAGAUAAAAAAGGUAAAAUUUAUUCGUAA